UGUUUUCAUUCAUGCGAUUUACGCGCUCGAUCCGCUAACAGUAUAUGUUAUUAUCUGAAUAAACACGUACUAUCAAGAUAUAUUUGCUAAUGCUGAGAUCUGCAGGGGGUUUAAUUCGUUACACGACACUGAAAACACGCCAUGGCUCAACGUUACCACAGAGACCAUCACCACGAGUCUGUUGACAAAAGAUGCGGAGACUCCAGCGCUGAUUAUCAGACGAAUAAACGCCACAGAUCGUCAGAUGAAGGCCAGCACAGAGCAGCCGAGACUCUGAGCGCUCACAGACAGCUGUAUGAGAGACACUUCCCGCUCUAUAAGCAGCCCGUGGAGGUGGGCUGCUUCUCUCUGGACUCUCGCAGGAACUUCUGCAACGACCAGAGGCAGCUGCGCUAUUAUGUGCAGCCCACAAAGAGCCCAGAUUUUAAUUUAAGGGAUGGAUACACCAGCCGCUUCGUCAAAAGAGAUGACAGCGUGAAAGAGAAGCUUGAUCAUGUGCUGAAGUGGAUUCUGGCCAACAGAGACAAGAUCCAAACCAGGGACCAAACCCCCUCAUCCAGUGCUCUAGGAGUGGACUUUGUGACAUGGAGAGGACACCUAACCAAAGUGCUGACCACCCCAUACGAGACUCAAGAGGGAUGGAUGCUGGCCGCCUCCAAGUUCAGAGGCUCCAUCUACAUCAGUGAGGUGGAAACAGAGGCGGCCAGAGUGAACCGAGAGACCCGCUCGCAGCGGCAGGAGGAGAUGAUGUACUGGGGCUACAAGUUUGAGCAGUACAUAUGCGCAGAUGAUGUGGAUGGGACUCCAGACCCAGGGGGCGUCGUGAACACCAAUGAAGCGUUCUGUACGGUGGUUCAGACGCGUCUGGCCGACCAUAAGCUGCUCUUCUCUGGAGAAGUAGACUGCCGCGUCAAAGAGCCUGAUGCCCCUCCAGCACCGGGAUGUUAUGUGGAGCUCAAGACCUCCGCAGAAAUCUGCACCCCGAAGCAACGAAGCAACUUCCACAGGUAUAAGCUUCUGAAAUGGUGGGCGCAGUCGUUUCUUCCUGGAGUGCCACAGAUAGUCGCUGGGUUUCGAGACCAUGAUGGGAUAGUGGUGGCUGUUGAGACCUUCCCAACCUCGAAAAUUUCACAACUCAUCAAGAAUGAGUUUAACUGCUGGAAACCAACAGUCUGUAUGAAUUUCUGCAACGAUUUCUUGUCCUUUGUCAAAUCAGUCGUCAAAGAGGACGACCCAAGACUGGUGUACCUGUUCACAUGGGAUCCACACAGAGAAGUGACCUACGCCGUCCACAGAGACUCUCAGUAUACCUUCUUACCAGAGUGGUACAUCAAGGACAUGAGCAGUCCUCAUUCAUCUCACCACUGAUAUACUGAGCUCACACUGUAUGCAGGGCGUAAGGACAUCUUUGUCUUGUUUAUGAAUCAUGUACAUACUGUAUCAGAGCAGUGCAUGACCUGCCAUUGCUUGUGUUUUCUAUGAAUGCUCUGGAUUCAGUGUGUGGCCUUGGAAAGAACACCAAACAUCAGCAAACAUAUCGACUUGAUGUCCAUGUGCACGUUGACUUUUUUUUAAUAUAAAUAUAUUGGGAUUUUAUCCUUGAUAACCUCAAAAUAUCCUUGAGCUAUUUAACAAAAAGACAGUGUACCUAUUUGUGACCCUGGAGCACAAAACCAGUCUUAAGUCGCUGGGGUAUAUUUGUAGC